AUGAAGGAGAAGGUGUACUGCGUGAUACCAGAAGGCGUCGAGAUGGAUGGCGACUUCGACUGUCUCGAGUUGGUGAAGGCGAUCUACGGUCUCAAGCAAGCUUCACGUAUGUGGAACGAGACUUUCGACGAGUUCGUAUGCUUUAUGGGUUUCGAAGCGUCGGCGUUCGACCCAUGUCUCUACAUCAAGGUUGUCGACGGUCACUGUGUGCUCGUGCUGGUCUACGUGGAUGACGUGUUGGUCACCGGCAGCUCGCUCGAGUUGAUUGCGCAGACGAAGGCCGACAUCAAGACGCGUUUCGAGAUGACCGACAGUGGCAAGUGUACUUUUGUACUGGGCAUCGAACUGGUGGACGAAUCGGAUGGCAGCGUGACGAUGUGCCAGCGACGGUAUGCCAGCGACAUCCUCAAGCGCUUCGGCAUGGAUGAGUGCAAGGCCACAGCAAGUCCGGUCGACUUGAGCACUCGGCUUGUCGCAAGCACCGAAGCGGCCAAGAUCGACGUUCCGUUUCGUGAAGCUGUGGGAGCUUUGAUUCACUUGACGACUGCGACGCGCCCGGACAUUGCGUAUGCUGUGGGGUACGUCUCGCGCUUUAUGGAGAAUCCGCAGCAAGAACAUUGGACAGCGGAAUACAUCGCACUGAGUCUGGCCAUCCAGGAAGGCAAGUGGGUGCAUCGCCUGCUAUGCGAGAUUUUGGCGGCCGCAAACGAACCAGGACCGGACCUCGUCAUCCGUGAAGACAACCAGUCGUGCAUCAAGAUGACGAAGAGUCCGGUGAAUCAUGGCCGCGCCAAGCACAUCGACAUCAAGUACCAUCACAUCCGUGAUGAGGUCAAGCGCGGUGAAGUGCAGCUCGAGUAUUGCGAGACUUCCGUGAUGAUGGCGGACAUCAUGACCAAGGGACUUUCGGGACCUCGCCAUAAGGACUUGACGACGGCUCUCGGCAUUCGUGCGAGUUCGCAUUGA